UUUUUGAUACACUUUUGAUAGCUCAACAACUAAAUCCUACUAAAUUUCCCCCGAUCAUGGACAACCCCAUAAAACAGCGCCACAAACUGAAGAAAUUCCACACCACCAAGCUGGAAGAAGAUCUUUCGAAAGCCGUCGAAUCAAAAAAUAAUAUUACCAGUGAGGUAGAAGGUCAGCCCGAUUACAUGAAGUAUCCCAGUAACAAGGCAAAGGGCAAGAUGGUCAAGAGCAUGAAGCCCCGGAAAACGGUUACCUUCAAGAUGAUGGUGGAGCUGGUGACCUUUACGGACAACUGGAAGAUGAAGAUGAUCGAGAGUAAGCUGCGCACGGAGGAGGAGCAGCUCAAGUGUUCCCUGAAAAGGCGCAACUUCUGAAGAUUUCCGGUUGUGGAUUGUUUAAAAUUACGUCAUUAAAUAAAUUUGUUAUAUGUAGUAGCCAAUAUAUAAAAUUUAUUGUUGGUUAAAAAUCAA